AUGUCAUCAUUAUUAAAUCCAACAAAAAAUCGUCUCUCACCAACACGAGUAUUUCCCAAAACACUUAAUAAUAUUUCACCACCCACACAUUUAGCAUUAUCAUCAUCAUCACCACCAUUAAUACAUUGGUCACCAACAUGUCAUGAAACAAUAUUAUCAUUAAAUGAUAAUAAUCAUUCGAUUAAAUUAAAUCUAUCAGGUGGUGCUGAUAAUGGUCAAUUUAUUUAUUUAAAUGAAUCAAUAUCAUUAUUAAAAAAUAAUCAAACAACAUUUACUAUUCUUAAAGGUGGUAAAAUUGAUUUUGAUGAAAUUAUACUUGAAAUUGAUCAACAUAAAAUUGCUGGGUGUACAUUAGCUGAUGUACAAUUACUUAUUGAAACACUUUCUAUUAAUAACAAACAAAUUAAAUUAAAAACUGUUAAAUCGGGUUUAACCAAAGAUCUUCGUCAAUUUCUUGAUGCACGCUUUCAAAAAGGUUCAAUUGAUCAUGAUCUUCAACAAACAAUACGUGACAAUCUUUAUAUGAGAACAGUUCCUUGCACAACACGUCCACCUCGUCCAGGUGAAAUCAAUGGACAAGAUUAUACAUUUUUAAGUACGAAAGAUUUUCGAGCACUAGAAAAAAGUGGAAAUCUACUCGAAAGUGGUGUCUAUAAAGGACAUUAUUAUGGAACUCCCCGACCGCCAAAAGAAUCUCUUGCAACUAACGGACAACAUCAAUAUCUUUCUUCUUCUUCAAAUACGAAUCUUUUACGACGUAGUAAUUCAGCCAACGAAAUGUUUCAACAACAAAUGGCAACUGAUAAUGGAAUUGACAGCAAUGGUAUGCAUUAUCAAUAUCCAAAUAAUGAUCCAGAAUUUUUCAAUGGACAUAGUCCUAAUGAACAAAUAUUUCAUCAGACAAAUGGUGAUAAUCAAAAUUCAACAAUAUCACGAUCAAUGAUGAAUGAAAAUUCAACUUCACCAUCAGCACAUUUAUCAGGUGAAUUAAUUUCAUGUUCACUACAAAAAAGUUCAAAUGGUUUUGGUUUUACAAUUAUUGGUGGAAAUGAAAAAGGUGAACAUUUUCUACAAAUCAAAGAUAUUUUAUCUGAUGGACCAGCAGCACGAGAUGGAAAACUUCGUCGAGGUGAUAUACUUGUUUAUGUCAAUGAUACGAAUGUAUUGGGUUUUAGUCAUACUGAUGUCGUACGAAUAUUUCAAACAUUACCAAUAAAUGAUGUUAUUCGUUUAACUGUUUGUCGUGGUUAUCCACUUGUUGUUAAUUUUGAUGAUCCACAAAUCGAUGUUGUUUCAUUAAAUGGUGUUCAUAAUUCAUUACCAAUUAAUAAUUUACCAAAUGGUGGUUAUACAGAAUAUCAACCUGAAUCACAUCUUCAAACAACUCCUCGAAUAUUUUCAAUUAAAAUACGAAAAGGUGAUAGUGGAUUUGGUUUUACUGUUGCCGAUAGUCCAUUAGGACAACGUGUUAAAGCUAUUGUUGAUAGACAACGUUGUCAAGAUCUUUGUGAAAAUGAUUUAUUAUUAUCAAUUAAUGGACAAGAUUUAAUUGGCAAACAACAUUCUGAUGUUGUUGAUAUACUUAUUAAAUGUUCAAAAGAUAUUGACACAUUAUUCGUUAUACGAAGAGGUGAUCCGGACGUGAAUAAUAAUAAUAAUAACAAUAAUAAUAAUAAUACACCGUUUCUAUUAAAUGGUAUCAGCCGUUUCGAUAAAAAUAAUCAAGAAAAUGAUCAAAUUGAUACGCGAUAUUCAUCAACAAAAUUAAACGAAAAACCUCGUAGUAAAACUCCGACACCAUUUGGUUCAACACCGUUAGUUGAUACUUUACCAUUACGUUCCCGAACACCAUUACCAACAACAAAUAAUAAUAAUAACAACAAUAAUCAUCAUCAUCAAAUCAUACAUUCAACUGCAACUGAUAAUAAUAACAAUAAUAAUCCAUACGAUAAUAAUUUAAGUUUUCUUUUACCAAAAAGUGUUGAUACAUCAACACCAAUUAUUGAAACAGAAUUAUCUCCUAAUUCAAUGAAUCCAUUUGAUCGUCAAACAGCUUGGUCACGUAGUGCACGUGACAUACGAACAAAUACAGCAACAGGUACAACAAAUGGUAAUGGUCCAAUGUUACGAAGUAAAACACCGGGACCAGAAUUUGGCGCAACAGUAACAUCAUCUUAUCGUGCAAAUACUUUAAUGGGAAUGAAACAACGAAGUAAAACACCAACAGCUAAUGAUUUUUCAACAAAUAGUUUACAUAAUAGUCGAUCAUUACAAUCUGUUCAUCCACAAUAUUUUGAAUUAGUUGUUAAUUUAACACUUUUACGUCCAAGUGAUGGUUUUGGUUUACGCAUUGUUGGUGGUGAAGAAGAAAAAUCUCAAGUAUCUGUUGGUCGUAUUGUUCCUAAUUCUCCUGCAUAUAUUGAUGGUCGUCUUCGUAAAGGUGAUGAAAUCAUUAAAAUUGAUGGUCAUUCAACAAUACGUGCAUCACAUGAACGAGUUGUUCAAUUAAUGCAACAAGCAAAAGAAAAUCAACGUGUUAGUUUAAUUGUUCGACGAUAUUUAUAUCCAAAUCAAAAUCAAUUAUCAAAUCAAUAUAAUCAAACAGAUGUUGAUUCAUAUCCACCAAAUGAUUUUCGUCCAAGUUCAACCAUUGAUAAUGGAAUACGUUAUGUUACAUUACAAAAAAUGAAUGAUAAUCAAAGUUUUGGUUUUGUUAUUAUUUCAUCACAGAAUAAGGCCGGUGCUACCGUUGGCAAAAUAAUAUCAAACAGUCCAGCUGAUCAAUGUGGUCAACUUCAUAUCAAUGAUCGUAUCUUAGCUGUUAAUGGUGUUGAUUUAACACAUAUGUUACAUACAGAUGUUGUUAAUCUAAUAAAAGAUUCUGGUCGAACAAUAACAUUAAAAAUUGGUCCACCUAUUCCUUUUGAUGAUCGAUCUCAAGAUAUUUCUAAUCAACCAUUUUCAUCAACGUCGACUAAUAAUCUUUCAAAUAGUAUUCGACCAUCAUCUUCCUCUCCAAUGGUUGCUGCAAAUGGUAAUCAUCAUACUAUAUCAGCAGGUACUUCUCAUACCAUAAAUAAUGGAAAUCAUUCAAUUAGAAAUGCGUUUUCGCAUAAUCCAUUGAAUAUACUUGAAAGAAAUCAAAAUCGACCACCAUCAAGAGGAAAUGGAGUUUUAAAAUCGUCAUCGGCAUCAGAUGAUUAUUUCUCUGUUGAUCUUCAACGUCCAUAUCCAAAUUCAAGUUUUGGUUUUAGUAUUCGUGGUGGACGAGAAUUUUCUAUUCCAUUAUUUAUAUUAAAAUUAGCUGAAAAUGGACCAGCAGCUCGAGAUGGUCGAAUGAAAUCUGGAGAUCAAAUUAUUGAAAUAAAUGGUCGUUCAACAUAUGGCAUGACUCAUAGUGAAGCAAUAACAUUAAUUCGUGAUGGUGGUCUAUAUGUUCGAUUAUUAUUACGAAAAACUAAUGCACCACCACCGAGUCUUGAUGAAGUAAAAACAGCAAUGACACCAGUUGGAAAUGGUAUGGAUUAUUAUAAUCCAGGACCAAGUAGUCAUUGGCAACCAAGUGGUUAUACAUAA